CUCUCCUUCCGGUUCCGGGUGGGCGGCUGAGUCACUCCGCGGCCCCGGUUGCUGCUGCUGCUGUCCUGCCGUUCCUGGCGCCCCUGGGACCCGUGCCUGCCUCCGUCUGCCCGCCUGCGCCGCGAUGCCGCUGGAGAAUCUGGAGGAGGAGGGCCUGCCCAAGAACCCGGACCUCCGCAUCGCCCAGCUCCGCUUCCUGCUCAGCCUCCAGCCGCAGCGCCCCGACCCCGCCGUCCGCCACGAGCUCAUGGCCGCCAUCCGCCAGCACGAUAUGGCCCCGUACUACGAAUCCCUCUGCAAGUCGCUUGACUGGCCAGUCGAUACAGACCUGUUGAAUAAAAUGAAAAAAGCGAACGAAGAUGAGUUGAAACGCCUGGAUGAUGAACUUGAAGAUGCCGAGAAGAACUUGGGGGAGAGCGAAAUCCGCGAUGCCAUGAUGGCCAAAGCGGAGUACCUCUGCCGAAUUGGGGACAAAGAGGCCGCUCUGACGGCCUUUCGCAAGACAUAUGACAAGACCGUGGCUCUGGGACACCGGCUAGAUAUUGUGUUCUACUUGCUCCGAAUUGGCCUCUUUUACAUGGACAAUGACCUCAUCACACGCAAUACCGAGAAAGCCAAAAGUCUAAUAGAGGAGGGAGGAGAUUGGGACCGGAGAAACCGCCUGAAGGUCUACCAGGGUCUUUAUUGUGUGGCCAUUCGUGACUUCAAGCAGGCAGCAGAGCUUUUCCUGGAUACGGUUUCAACUUUUACAUCGUACGAACUGAUGGAUUACAAAACCUUUGUGACAUAUACCGUCUACGUCAGCAUGAUUGCAUUAGACAGACCGGACCUCAGAGAGAAGGUUAUCAAAGGGGCGGAGAUCCUGGAAGUGUUGCACAGUUUACCCAAAGUGCGGCAGUAUCUUUUUUCACUCUAUGAAUGCCGGUAUUCAGUUUUCUUUCAGUCGCUGGCCACUGUAGAACAAGAGAUGAAGAAAGACUGGCUGUUUGCACCUCACUACCGCUACUAUGUCCGGGAAAUGAGAAUCCAUGCCUAUAGCCAACUCCUAGAAUCCUAUAGGUCACUGACACUAGGCUAUAUGGCAGAUGCCUUUGGAGUCUGUGUAGAGUUCAUAGACCAGGAACUUUCAAGAUUUAUUGCAGCUGGGAGACUGCACUGCAAAAUAGACAAAGUCAAUGAGAUCGUAGAAACUAACAGGCCCGACAGCAAGAACUGGCAAUACCAAGAAACCAUCAAAAAGGGGGACCUGCUGCUAAACAGAGUGCAGAAGCUUUCCAGAGUAAUUAAUAUGUGAUUUUUAAAAGCACAGAGCACGAGGAGGAGGCGUAACCCGAGACCGUGAAAACAUUUUGGAAAUAAUGUUGUAUCACUUGGUUGUAUUAUAUAGUCAUUGGCAACCAAGCUGUAGUUAGGAUUUUUACAGAUUACUUUGCUACAUUAUACAAUUCUGUUCCAUGUUCCGUUCCGUGUUUUCAGAUCAACUUCAUUUAUUAAAUGUACAGUACAGUCA